AUGGCAGUCGAUGGUGAGCUGGUUCUGUUUCCGAGCUCGCUCGGGCAAGUUUACACUCAAAUUUCGGUCACCAAGCAAUCCACGAGAUGGACCAAGCUCACCGAAACAUUCAAGAACUCUUAUGCCCAUCCACCUCAGUUUGUUGCUCGAGCACCGGGGCGGGUCAACAUCAUUGGGGAACACAUUGAUUACUGUGGAUUCUCUGUGUUACCGUCUGCUAUAGAGCCUGAUCUCUUGAUUGCUGCAUCGGUCGAAUAUGCGAAUGAGCCUUCGGAUUUCAAGUCUAGCAAUCAGCAUAUUCAAGUUCAAGCUAUCAAUGUCAAUCGUUCAUAUCCUGAGUUUUCCUUCAGCUAUGCACCAUCAGCGAAGAUUCCCGUCGGCAAUGGGGGGUGGUCAGAUUACAUGAAGUCCGCCUUUAAUACGUGUCUUGAUCAUCUAAGGAACUCAUCGUCAUCUGUGGAAGUCCACCUACCCACUUCGAUCAAAUUUCUCGUCGAUGGCACUGUUCCAGCUGGAUCGGGUCUAUCAUCUUCUGCAGCCAUUACCACGGCAUCAGUCCUCGCAGUUCUCUACAUCCAUCAAUCCGCCAAGCAACACAUCCCUAAGACUAUUGCUGCUUCGCUCGCAAUUGCAGCCGAACAAGCUUGUGGCGUCAGCGUGGGCGGAAUGGACCAAACAGCUUCGGUUUUCGGCCAACCAGCCAAGCUACUUCACAUUGAAUUCACUCCGACAAUCAAAGUCGUCCCUCUCGAACUACCCGGUCUACCACCGACUACUUUCAUAAUCGCCAAUAGUCUAGUGACCUCCAAAAAACUGGAUUCAGCAAAAGAACAGUACAAUUUAAGAGUAGUGGAGUGUCGGAUUGCCAACCGAAUUCUUUCGGAUAAUUUGUUGAAAGGCAAACAGCCAUAUCCCAAGGACUUCAAGGGGCUCGCCGAGCUUUUCUCACCACAUCAGUCGACCCCUCAAGCAAUCCAACGAGUUUUGGACAAUCUUUUAGAAGUUAAGCUGUUGGGUGGUACUGAGGGCCUUACUCAGGAAUCCGUCCUCGAAAACCUAGGAAUCAACCAAGAGCAGUUCGAGGCCGAAAUCUUGAACGGGAUGGUUGUCGAACCUCGAGGCGGAAUUUACAAGCCCUACAAUCGAGCACGUCAUGUGCUCACUGAAGCUCUCCGAGUGUAUAGGUUCAGAGAGCUACUGGAAAAUGCCAGCGAUUCCCAUGAUCCUGAAGAAGUGAUUUUAAGCAUAGGUCGAUUGAUGAAUGAAUCACAAAAAAGUUGCCGGGAGGAUUACGAGUGCUCUUGCGACGCGCUCGAUGAGAUGGUAUCGAUUUCCAAAUCAAAUGGCAGUCUCGGGAGCCGUUUGACAGGAGCCGGAUGGGGUGGCUCCUCGGUCCAUUUAGUCAGAGACCCUGACAUAGAGAAAAUAAUAGAGGCGUUGAAGUCGCAGUAUUAUGCAAUCAAGUUCCCCCAAUUAACUACGCAACAGUUGGCAGAUGCUUGUUUCGCUACCAAGCCUGAGGGCGGUGCUUGUCUAUUCACUAGCCUCGCAACGCCAUUCAGCUAA